CUAGAAUCUAUCAUCUACCACCAUUCAAAGGUCCUUUAGCUCCCUAGGAUUUAUCAUCUACCAUGGCGCUGUGUGUGUGAGGGAGGGAGAAGACCCCGGACACCGGAGACAAUGGGCUCCAGGGUGAAGCAAAACCCGGAGAACACAUUUGAAGUUUAUGUGGAAGUGAGCCGUCCUGGAGAAAAUGCAUCUAGACAAGAUCCUGAGCUGCAGAGGAUCUUCCCAGAAGACUUCAGUGACCAGGAAGUCCUCCAGACCGUCACCAAAUUUUGCUUCCCGUUCUCCUUAGACAGCCUCUCGGCCAGCCAAGUAGGGCAAAACUUCACAUUUGUGCUGACUGACAUUGACAGCAAGCAUAGGUUUGGCUUCUGCCGGUUAUCUUCAGGCGCUAAAAGCUGCUUUUGUAUCUUAAGCUACCUCCCAUGGUUUGAAGUCUUUUACAAGUUGCUCAACAUCUUGGCGGAUUACUCUUUGAAAAACCAGGAUAACCAGCGUAAUGAACUCCUGGAGACUCUCUAUAGACUGCCUAUCCCAGAACCUGGAAGUGAAGUCCAUCUUAGCGUGCAUUCCUAUUUCACCGUGCCUGAUUCUCGAGAGCUGCCCAGUAUUCCUGAGAAUAGAAACCUGACUGAAUAUUUUGUGGCCGUAGAUGUGAAUAACAUGCUGCACCUCUAUGCCAGUAUGUUGUAUGAGCGCAGGAUCCUAAUUUGUUGCAGUAAACUUAGCACGCUGACUGCCUGUAUCCAUGGAUCGUCUGCCAUGUUAUUUCCAAUGCACUGGCAACAUGUUUACAUCCCCGUUCUUCCUCCACACUUGUUGGACUACUGCUGUGCUCCAAUGCCCUACCUCAUAGGAAUACACUCAAGCCUAAUGGAAAAAGUGAAAAGUAUGAGCCUUGAAGACGUGGUGGUUCUAAAUGUAGACACUAACACUCUGGAGACUCCUUUCGAUGACCUUCAGAAUCUACCAAGUGAAGUGGUAUCUGCAUUAAAGAACAGACUGAGAAAGGUGUCCACAACAACUGGAGACGGGGUGGCGCGAGCUUUCUUAAAAGCCCAAGCUUCUUUGUUUGGCAGCUACAGAAGUGCCCUCAAAAUUGAGCCAGAGGAGCCAAUUACCUUUUGUGAAGACACAUUUGUGUCCCACCGUUCCAGUGGGAUGAGACCAUUCCUUCAAAAUGCGAUUCAGCUUCAGCUCUUUAAACAGUUCAUAGAUGGGCGUCUUGACCUGCUGAACACUGGAAAUGGAUUCAGUGAUGUCUUUGAAGAAGAGAUAAAUAUGGGCGAAUAUGCAGGCAGUGACAAGCUCUACCAUCAAUGGCUAUCAACAGUAAAAAAAGGAAGCGGGGCCUUUCUUAACACCAUGAAGACCAGAGCUAAUCCAGCCAUGAAGAAUGUCUACAAGUUUGCUAAGGACCACGCCAAAAUGGGAAUUAAAGAAGUAAAAAACCGCCUGAAACAGAAGGACCUGACUGAAAAUGGAUGUAGUGUAGCUGUGGAAGAACCACUUCCAAGGAUGUCUCCUUCACCAUCUGCUGAGAAGAAGGAUCUGAAAGCCAGGGAGGAAAGAAGACCCAUCACAGUUCAUUUUGGCCAGCAGGAAAAGCUUCCCCCUCCUCGACCUCCUCCACCAAGGAUCCAGCGCAACACCGUACCCGUCCGUCCCCCGAGACCCAAUGUUGCUCGCCGGCCCAAAAGUAACGCUGUGGUGGAGAGCCGUAGGACUUCAAUCUCCAGCCCUGACCACGUUGUGAAGCCUACUCGCCACUAUACUGUCUUCCUUUCUGAAGAUUCUUCUGAUGAUGAGUUCCUGCAGGAGGAGGAUCCUGUUUCUGCUUUCUCUGAAAACUUUAUCUUCUCUGCUCCGUUUGAAUGGCCCCAGCAGUAUCGAACAUUGAAGGAAUCAGAUGCUGAUGGUGAUGAGAUUAUCAGUCCAGAAAAGGAAAGUGAUUCAGUGCUGGACCAUGAUCCAUCACAUAAGGAGGUCCCAAAUAUCAAUCUACUAGAAGAUAUCUUUAGUAAUUUCAGUGUGGAAUCACAACCACCACUUUUAAGUCAAGCCAAGAGUUUGGAAGAUUUGAGAACCCCCAAGGAUGAUCAUGAAGACCAUUUUACAUUUGAUUAUCAGAGAAUGGAUCUCACAGUACCAGAAAGAAAUCGAUUGGUGCCACCAAUGAAAUACAACCACCCGUACAAUAAACUGUGGAGCAUGGGGCAAGAUGACAUGGCUAUUCCUAACAAAUAUCUCCAGGUUUCACCUGAGGAACAGACAUCCCUUACUGGGAGUGACACCAGUACUCCACAUAGGGAAAUUACUUCAUUAUCUGUUGAUAAAGAAGGAACAUCUGGCAUUAGCAGCCAUGGUAACAUCACCAUCCCGAGACCACAUGGAAGGAAAACGCCAGAGUUGGGAAUCGUUCCACCCCCACCAGCACCUAGAGUCUCUAAGCAGCAAAAUGUACCAGCAGUAGCUGAAUCAGGAACACUACAGCUUGGGGAGAACAUUGGCUUUCCUUUGCAAACUAUACAAGGACCCUUUGGAGAACCAUCAGUAUCGGAUGGACACAGACAAGUUUCUGAUUCUAGUUCUAUGGAUUUGUUACAGCCUGUUAAAGUUUCUACUGAUAUAUCUGUAAAUGAUGAUAUUCUUAGUCUUUUAGAUCCUUUAAUGGCAGCUCAGGGCCAGAGUGACCCCAUGCAUCCUCUAGGUAGUGGUCUUCAGAGCUCUGAAGCACCACACUACUCCAGCACUCCAUGUUUUACCUCUCUACACAGUGAUUUUACUCCUGCAGCUUUCCCUCACCAGUUAGGAUAUUCCACACCACAACCUGCAUUUAUACAUUCACCCCUUAACCCAUUUAUUCAAGCAAUGCCACCGGACCAUUCUAUCUCUGUGAUAGGCAUUACAGCGAGACCAUUUACUCCACCAGUUGUCUCCAACUCUCCUUUCUCAAGGUCUGUUUUUUAUCACAGCCAGAGACGCCCAACUCCAGCCUUGCCAGGAAGUAGCUCACUAAGCAAUGUUCCAUCUGGCAUGACAGUCAACACGUUAAUGCAACAAAGUCAAAUGACCUCAGAAACACGGCAAAACAUUCCACCAAUUAUGACUGGCCUAUCUGGCCAUAGAACUUUCCCUAUGACUAAGCCUCCGGCCAAACCUAAAGACAAGCCCAGGGAGUAUCCAGCCAUACCUCCUAGACCUUCAAAAAAUUCUGACCCUGUCCUUCUCCCUUCUAGACCAGGUCAGCCCAAGGAUCCUUUUGAUGAGCUGCUGUCCAAAACUAAAGAAGCAGUAACUCCAACACCAGGCAAAGUAGAACAACUCCGGAAGCGAUGGGAGACUUUUGAGUAGGAUUAAAAUUUCUAGAUUUUGGUUGAGGAGCAAGUGGUCCAGUAGUUAAAAGAACUUGUGGAAUGAACAGGAAAUCAAAUAUUUGCUCUCAAAUUUCAGACAUUUUGGAAUUAAAGGCUUUAAUCACAGUUGACUGAUUAUACUCUUUAGUCUUGGGUGACUCCCAGUUUUUCACUGUUGUCUACUUGACAACUUUCUGGUUGGAAUUUGUCUUGAUGUAGAACUACUGAAUCCAGCGAUUUAUCAUAAAAAAACAGCUUCUGAUGCUGUACAGACAUCGCAGUAUGUGGUCUGUCAAGGACUGUAAAUUGACACUUUGCUUAUCUAGUUAACUCCCCACCGAGUCCCCGGGAAGUGCUAUAUGAUGUGUUAGCACACGUUAUUACCAUGUGCUGCAGUUUAUAAAGCAGCACAGUUUUUAGUUUUCUGUAGCAAAUUUGAUCAUUGUGAUAGCAAAUGUGAUCAUUGUGGUGAAACACUCAGUUUUGUAUAAAGAUUUUACAGACACUUAAGGAUCAAAUAGUUGAUAGCUGUGUAGAAGAACACAUACACUUGUUGAUAGCAAUUUCUGUGACUUAGUACACAAUGCCUUCAGGCUCCACAACAAGAUCUAAUAGUAGUUGCUACUCUAGGUCCUCGACACAUCAGUUGAUAUAAAGUAGAUGUUUUAGGUCCCACAACUUGAUGUUUUGGAUCACCAAAAAUGAUAGUCCUUAAGUAUCUAGGGCACAGAAUGUACUAGUUUCUAGUGUAGUUUGCACACUAUAUUAUCUACAUACUCUCCGCGUGCAAGACCAACAGACCGUGUUUAGGUGACGGUCUCUCUUAGCUGAGCCAUAGAAAAGUGGAUUUGAGUAAAUAUAAGUGUCAAUAUACACAACCUAUCUUACUGUUCUGUAUAUUGUUUGCCACCUACAGGUAGGCACUAGGUAGGCUCACUGAAGUCUUGUACUACACAAUAAGACAACCUGGGGUAAUUUUUUAUUUUUCCAUUGAUCACUUAUCUAACUAAAACCACUUAGUUGGCUCUGGCUUCUGCCAUGAAAUAAAAGGCAGGAACCCUUGCAUGUGAGCUCUGCACCAAUACACAUGGAGCAGUAUAGAUGUAUACGUGGUUUGAUCAUAAUAUCCAGUGUUAAACGCUUUUAAAUUUCUUCAUAAAGUCAUUUUAAACGUUUCAGUUUUUCCUGCUGGUUCCAGUCAUGGUUCACAGGAGUAUUUUUGUGAAAAGUAGUUUUUAGUUUUUUUUCUUUCUUUUUGAGAAUGUUGUUUUUCAGCUGCCUUAAGCCUGAGCUGAAAUGGUCAAAGAAGUUGGUAUUUGGUAGAACUAAGCUGCGUUACUUCUCAUUCGCUCUGUCGUACAUACUACAGCUUUAUUUUCCAUUCAUUCAUUUUUUUUGCAAUGUGAAAUUGUCUUUUUGGAGCUUUACAGGGACAUUUGUGGCCAUUGUGCCCAUUUACAGCAUGUAAUACUGCCAAAGCGAGAGAGCAUGACUGCAUCCAGUGGUUGUUGUGUAAUGUACAGAUUUGUUGUAGACCAUGAGCCCCCAAAAUCAACAAAUGUCUAACAGACAGAUGAGCUACAGUCCUGGUUACUGGUAAAGUACAAACCUAAUAUAUUAUUCGGCCAGUAAUGUCUACUAGUUGUGAUAUAACGGCCAUCCUCAUUGUGCAGGGUGAAUGCAGUGAUUUUGAUAUUAGGAACUAUAAAUUGUGGCUCCUGGAAAAUGUAUUAUUUUGUCGUUAAGUCAAUUUGGUCUUUAGCGUUCAAAUUCUGUAUAACCCAUUACACUAUGUAGUUACAUCGCAACAUGCUAUAUGGACACCACAUGCAACAAUUGUCUAUACAGCCUAUAUGUUUGGGUUAGCUGAUGGAGCAGUCUGGAUCUUAAGUCGGGACUGAGUGCCAAGAUUUGUUCGUAUCCCCUAUCCACAGUAGAGCUCGCAACUAUUUCCAGCAGUCCCAUAAUGAAUGGAGCGGCAGAGUGCAUACUCAACCUGCUGCUCCAUCAGAACAGGGAAUGAGAUUCUUAUUCCUGGUCUCGAGAUAAGUGCUGGACCUACACCAGUUAGUUGUCCCCUAUCCUGUGGAUAGGGGAUAACUUUUUAAACUUUGCACAGCCACUUCAAAGGAGUUGUCCAGGAUUUUACUAUGAAUGGCCUCUGCUCAGGAUAGGUCAUCAGAAUCUGACCGGCGGUGGUCUGACACCCCCACCAAUAAGUUAGGUCAUCAUAAUCUGAACAGCGGGGGGCUGACACCCCCACCAAUAAGCUAGGUCAUUAGAAUCUGAACAGCGGGGGGCUGACACCCCCACCAAUCAGCUGUUUCAGGCAAGCGACGGAACUACCAGGCUUCUUCUGCUUUGUCAUGAAUGAAGCUGGUUACUGCAGUUCUGCACCUGUUGAAGUGAAUGGAAGCAGUGGUGCAGUAUCCAGUUCAGUCAAGUACACAGUGGACGUUGCUGUGUAGUCGUUGCUGGAUCUACCCCAAAACAUUUGAGUGGAGAAAGUGGCAGUUAUAGGACUCCUGCCAGUCAGAUAUUAAUGGUCUAUUCAGAGGAUAGACCAUCAAUAGUAAAAUUCUGGACAACCCCUUUUAGGCAAAGGCUAAUUUCACGCUAGUGUUUGUCAGGGAACAGCCUGCCGGAUCUCUCUGUGACUGGCAUUGCCGGAAUCUACAUUGAUGCCAUCUGGCACAGAUCCGGGCACAACCCGGCUAAUAUGCAGAGAAUCGGCUCCGGAACAAUUUGCCGGAUCUGACAAACGCUAGUGUGAAACUAGUCUUUCAUUCAGCACUACUUUCGGCUCUGAUGUACAUUGGCCAGAUCACGACACUCUUUUGGCAUACAUCUGACUAACAGACGUCUGUGGGCACAUUAGUUCUAUGCACAGAGAAUAUUUACACUGAACAUGUUGCCCAUUUGCAGUGUGAACUACUACUUCUUUGUGGGAGGCCCUCUCUGCUAUACGUUCAGAGCUCCAGAUGGUGACUCCAGAUUUUUAAACUUAGGAGCCAAAGGUGCCCAAGUGACUUUUAUAUCCUAGAGCCCUGUGGCAUAGAUGUAAACGAUGACAUUCUGGUUGCCUGCAGCCACCACUAGGGGGAUGAUAGGAAGUUACUGCAUACUGUGUUAUUAUUGAGUUCAGUAUAUGCAAUAAGCUUCUGUGCUCCCUCUAGUGGUGGCCACAAGUAGCUAGAAUAUUUAAUUUGGCUGCUAAAGUUUUAGACUAAGGAGUCAAAGGUGACUUUUUUAUGCCUGUAUAUGUCUAGCUAUAAUGCCCAAAAUGGACAGGACUGGAGUGCUGAUGCAGGUAACUCCUGUAUAGAGUCCUUAGAGAAUGUAUAUAAAAAUUCCUAAUUAAUUGCCUACAUAAGGAGAGAUAAGGGAAUGACCUGUCAUUUUAUUGUGUGUGUAGGUUUGGUGCUUAACAUUAUUGACCAAAAACGCCUUCACCCCAGAAUGGUAGAGACCACGAUGUACUUACAUAUGUAUAUCUACAUAUAACACUGUCAUAAUGACCCCAUGAUCAGCACUUGUUUUUCUCAUUUCAGGGUGUCUGUAAGCUUUCGACUGCCAGAAAGACCCUCUCUGUAUUAAGUUAUGUUGUAGUAUUGCUUACAGCGAUACUCUCUGUUACAUUUACAGUGUAUUAUGUCUCUGCUGCUUGCACCUCUCAUUGUGUUCCUGGCAGUGAGGUGCCUGUGCAGUGCAAUACAAGUGACCCAGAAAGGUGUGGAGGCGGAUGCUGUACCUGGAUCCCAGAAAAUGCACCACCCCACCUGCUGGUCAAGAGAUGUUACUGCAACCUUACUUUGCAUUUCUUUUGCUG